AUGAGGUUUUCUCACACGGUUCCCUUUGAUCCCGAAGAAUUCCUCCGGCCUGUUCAUCAGUCAGACUUGGUGGACAGGUUUUAUAGCAAGCUGGCAGCAGAGUAUGAGGCGGCCGCUUCAGCUUCUGCUUCUGGACUUGCAGAGGAGGGACUCCUGCCCUGGCGUGAGUCUGGUGCGGCCUUUUCCCUUUCGCCCACCACGAGAUCUGACGCCAUGGCGCAGUCCCGGUCCUUUGGCCUGGCUGAGAGUUCUUAUGGUCACUCCCGGAAGGGCAGCAGUGCUGGCGGCGAGGCCGCAUCCUAUGGCAACUUAGUGGACGCGCAGGACACCGACUAUAGUCACUUUAGUCAUUUCACUUCGAAGUUGACAGAUGCAGAUGGUCGUUCCCUUAAGGUUCAUACAGAGCCUGAGGUCCUCCAAUUGGAGCACCCGGAGCGCACCUUGGCGCGCACCGCCAGCGACCGGGAAUCCAUCAGCGAUGGCCUCGCGAGCCGUUCGCCGGGCUCGGGACGGCCGUCGGCGGCGCCGACGGUGACCACCGUGGCGAGGGCGGACCGCAGGGGCUCCCGCAGCGCGCCGUUGAUCAGCUUGGAGGAUCUUGAGAUUGAACAGGUGGAGCAGGCGGUCAUUGUGACGCCCACCAACCAGCUGAAGCAGAAACACCUGGUUUUUGCGAUGGUGCAUGAGGAGGAACAGCCUGUUUUAAAGCCGCAGCUCAAGUCCGUCCACUUCGUGGGGGUGGAUUCCAACGUGGCACCUGAGGAGAGCCCCAACCGAAACCGCCUCUCUACUGGAGCCGGACCCCUGCCUCCCAGAGAGGAGAAGGAAGUGGAAACUUCAGCCAGUAACGUCCCUUCAGAGGCUCCCGCUGGAUCAAAAUCCGCGAGUGGCACCUCUGAGUCGAAUGUCCAGGAUGUCCACAUAGAGCUGGAGAUCGAGGAC